AUGGUCUCGUUAGUACUGAAUGGGAAGAUGCAUCAAAAGCUUCGCAAAAAAGCUUCGCAAAUGAAAUAUGUCCAGGGAGCUGCGGUUACGGCUUUUGCACACGACUUUAUUUCUAAGCUUCCGGACGGUUACAACACCCAGAUUGGCCAAAGAGGAUGUCUUCUUUUCGAGGGUCAGAAGCGAAGAGUAGCCAUUGCCCGGAAUCUUAAGAUCUGA